CCCCCAUGCUGGGCCAGAGGGACCCCAUCUUGGCUUCUGGGCUUAGGCGGAGAGCAGGCAGGGCCGCCUCUGAAAGGCGGCGAGGCCUGGCCUCCCGCUGCUGGUAGGAGUGCCUCGUGUGGGCCGAGCCCCGCCCCGCCUGUUCUCCCCGCCGCCCGGGGCGGGAAGCGCAACGCAAGAAAUGGGACAGGAGCAGAGCCAGCCCAGCCACCAGACGAGGCACCGGGGAGCACCAGACGGACGCCAGGGACCCCGCUUCCGCGGGCGGGCAAGCAAUUGACAUGAAGCAUUGCCUACACCUUGUGGCCGCCCUCUUUGCUGCAGUAGCCAUUUGCGUACUUCCUUGCCACAGUGCCAAAGUCCUGCUGGUGCCCACCAUCGCCUUCGACAGCCACCUGCAUAACUUUGUACGGGUAGCGGAAGCGUUAAGCAGCCGGGGUCACGAUGCCGUCCUCCUCCUCCACGAAGGUCGAGUCGUGGAGCCUUUUCCCCGGGGCUACAGAGUGCAAGAUUACCAAGGGGUCUUCAGCACGGAAAGCGCUGAUGACUGGCUGCAGGAGUUGCUGAAGCGAGUGUUUGAGGGGAAGAUGACCUCCAUGCAGCUCUUUUCCAUCCUGGAGAAGUACCUGGAGAACUGUGACUUGAUACUGGGAAACAAAAUCCUCCUGCAGCAACUUCAGAGUGAGGACUUCGACUUGGUCUUGGUCGAUCCCAACGAAAUGUGUGGCUUCAUUGUCGCCCACGUCCUAGGUGUAAAAUAUGUGGCCCUCUCCACUGGCUUUUGGUUUCCUGCUGAGAUUGGAGCCACUUCACCUGUGGCCUACGUCCCCGAAUUUAACUCCCUGAUGACGGAUCAGAUGGGCUUUUUCGGCCGGACUUGGAACAUCGUGGUUUUCAUCAUCUCUCGUGUAGCCACCAGGCUGUUCAUCAUGCCCAAAUUUGACCACCUAAUGGCGAAACAUGGAGUGGAGCCACAGAAAUCCAUCCUGGAGCUUAUCCAGGGCUCGAGCCUCUUUUUCCUGUGCAACGAAGUGGUGCUUGACUUCCCGCGACCUUUGCUUCCCCAUGUGGUUUUCACCGGGGGGAUUCUCACAGAGCCUGCCAAGCCUCUCCCAGAGGGCCUGCGUCUCUGGAUGGAAGCCGCAGAUGCUGGUGUCGUCGUGGUCUCCUUUGGAAUCGGUAUACGAGUCCUGCCCAAAGACCUGGUGGAAAAGAUGGCCGGGGCGUUUGCUCGCCUUCCCCAGAAAGUUGUGUGGAGAUACUCUGGUCAGAAGCCACAUAACUUGGGUGAAAACACACUGAUGAUGGAUUGGUUGCCUCAGAACGAUCUGCUGGGCCACCCCAGUGUGAAAGUCCUUGUGAGUCACUGUGGCAUGAACAGUAUAUUUGAAGCCAUUUACCACGGGAUUCCAGUUGUGGGCUUCCCUUUCUACGGCGACCAGUUUGAUAUUAUGACGCGAAUUCAGGCGAAAGGGAUGGGUAUCCUCGUGGAUUGGGGCCGGGUGACAGAAGACAGCCUCUACCAAACUCUGUCCGCAGUAACAACUAACCCAAGUUUCUCCAAGGUUGCCAAGAAGAUCUCAGAAAUCCACCUGGACAAGCCCAUUCCUCCCCUCAACCGGACAGUCUACUGGCUGGAGUACGUCCUUCGCCAUGAUGGAGCUCCAUUCCUCCGCCCGGCCCUCUACAAACUUUCCUUUUACGAGUAUUACUGCUUGGAUAUUUUGGCGGUGCUGCUGCUGUUUGGGGGAGCCAUCAUCUAUGUUGUCUUCAGGCUGAGCUUGCGGUACAGAAGGUCCGACGUCAACCCAGCACACCUGAAUGGCCACAUUUUGAAUGGGCACGUCUUGGAAGGGAAGAAAGUGCAGUAGGACUUGGCCCUGAUCUGAGUAGACUGUGCCUCUCUGAAUAGAAUAGAUAAGGGCGGUGAUAAGGCCAAAAAUGGAUAGGGCUGGACUUUGUGGGACCUUUGAGAUGGGAUCUAAGUCUCUGAAAUGCUGGAGAGAAUGACAUCCUCUUUGCCAUUCUCCCAUGCUAUGUAAGACAGUGAGGAGAGAGCAGAGAUUAUGCUUUUUAGAGUGAGUGAGUAGCUGUGGAAUGCCACUGCCCCAUAUUGUGUAAGGAUAAAGGGAGGUCCUUUAUUAUUAUUGCAAGGAAUCUGAAAAGUGGUGCUUUAAAAGUUUGUUUCAAACGGCUGGUACUCAUCGGCU